AUGUCUUAUCACUCUGAUGACCAUAGUCACAAUCAUAGCCAUAGUGUCAACAAUGAACAAACAGAAACCAUCUACAAUCCCAAGGCCAAGUUCCCUAAAACCUCAAGAUUCUUUAAUAACUCGUCCUUGCCUGAUUUGAAAACUUUUGAAGUUAUUAGGCAAAACAAAAAGAUCUUAUUCAAUGGUCAACUGACAAAUUUCAAUUAUUCACCAUUUAAUUUGCCUCAGCAAAAACUCAAAGCUAGUAUACCUUUGGAUUAUAGAAAUUUGCCUAGCAAGAUUUUAACACUGCCUGCUAGCGACUCUGUUUCUUCGAAAAACGAAGUCCCAUGUUUCUCUUUAACACCAGAGCAGACAAAAGACCCCAUAGCAUUCAUUGAGAGUGUAAUGGACGUUGGUAAAGAAUAUGGUGCUGUGAAAGUAAAACUACCUCAAGACGAUGUUGAGUUAUUUCAAACCACAAAUCAAAUAAACUCCGACUUGUUUUGGUUUCAAACGAAUAAAUUACUAAAUAAUCCUCCUGAAGAUGAAGUAUACAUGCGAUUGAAGUUUCAUCAUGAUUUGCUCGAAUUUCUUCAAAGUGAGGACCUGGUAAAAUAUGAAGACCAAGAAAACAAAAGAGGUAGUAAUGCUUCUGCUUCUUCUGCUUCUCAGCAAACCAAUAAAAUGCCCAUGAUUGAUAAACGUCCAUUAGAUUUGUACAAAUUAUUUCAAUCAGUGAUGAUCCGUGGUGGGUUCGUCGAGGUGAUAAACAAAAAACUUUGGGCUCAAAUUGGUAGAGAACUAGGUUAUAAAGGGAAAAUUAUGACAAGUUUGAGUAGUUCCUUAAAGUCCUCGUAUCAAAAAAUUCUUUAUCCGUAUGAAUUAUAUCUUCGAGAGAAACAGUCUAUUUUAGAAGCAAAAGAGGAAGAACUAAAACAUGUACAAGUGAAAAAGGAAAAUAAAAUCGAUUUUUUGGUUAAUCAUGAUGACUCUAACGAGGAUUCACAAAAGAAUUUGAAUGGGAAAAGGGGGUUAGAUGAAGAUUUUUCAACCAACAAAAGGAUUAAAACUGAGGGUUACACUGCACCGUUAAUUAUAGGUUCAGCUAAAGAUUUUAGAAGAUCGGUCAAAUCAAAACUAAGAAAAGGAUAUCUUUUAAAUUCCCCAUUAUCAAUCGAUGUUAAACAACCCAAUGUCUUUACCAUAAAACAAGAUGAGAAAAAACGAAGGAGACAAAAUGAAAAAGUGGACAUUAGUAUACUGCCUCAAACACAGUUGGAUUCUGCAAUUCGCUACAUAGCAAAUAGUCAAGAUGAUUCGAGAGUUAAAGCGGCACCCAAAAUAGCUUCUAUUUAUACAUUGCGACAAUUCAUGGAAAAGGAUAUAAAAUUCCAAGAGUUUUUGGUUCAGAACAACCUGAUCCAGUUUAACAACGUCAAUGUUACCGAUCGGAACUUGAUAUCUCAUCAAUGUCUAGAGAAAUUAUAUUGGGAAUAUAUUAGUAGUAGCAAGGGAUCAAAUUUGUUGAAUUUCGGUUUAGAAUUGGAAAUGGGGAAAGAUAUUCCGAAUUACAUAAAUGGAUCUGGGUUUGUGAAAAUGGGUGAUGAUUUGAUAAAUUACAAAAAUUAUUUAAAUAGUGAACAUUUGAAUUUGUCUCAUGCUAAACUGGGCCCUCAUAACUCGUCAAACUCGAUUAAAACUGGUAAUUCUACAGUAAACCAGUUUGUCCAAUUUGAUCUGCAAAGAUUCAAUGAUGAUCAAUAUAUUAAAAAAUUAUUCAAGUCAGCAUUGCAUCCAUGGAAUUUACAUAACUUACCAAUUUUGCCAAACGCUUUGUUGGGUGCUCUAGAUAAAACUGAUGUUAACGAUUAUGAUUUAAAUGAAUCAAGAAUAAAUAUUGGGAUGACUUUUUCUACGGAAAAUUGGACUUGUGAAGAUCAUUUCACUAAUUUAAUCAAUUUCCAGUUUUUUGGAGCAGUCAAAAAAUGGUAUUUCAUCCCAGAACUGGAAUUUGAAAAAUUUGAAAGAUUACUUGAAAACAUACAGAUGAAAGACCAACUGAGAUCAAAUAUAAAUAAUAAAAAACAGGUGGAUAUUGAUAAAGUAAUGAAUCUUUUGAAAAAACUGGAUGAAGAUGUGGAUUAUGAAGUUGUUUUGAAAACGUUAGAUAAUCUAAUUAAUGUUGACAAAGAUGUACGAUUAAAUAUUGGAAAUGAAGGAUUUGCCAACUUUAUUGGCGAGGGUGCAAAAUUCAAUUACAAUCAAGAAUUUAUGAUUACGCCAGAAUUACUCGAUCGUUUUGGUAUUAGAUAUACUACAACGAUACAGGAACCAGGAGAAUGCAUUAUAAAAUUCCCCAAAACAUUCUCUUCGACAAUAUCAUUCGGGUUUAAUUUGAGUGAAGAAGUCAAUCUAGCAACAAAAAGUUGGCUAAAUUAUGCAUUGGAGAGUGAAAAGUGGUUAGCAAAACAGAAUAUCAUACCUGGAUUUCUGACAUUUAAAUUACUUGUAAACCUUGCAUUGAUGUAUGAAGGAGGUACUAACUUACUAUUUGAUUCAGAUAUAUUCUAUAAAGCAGCAUCAAUGUAUGAUCAAUUGUAUCAAGAGGAGAUCAAUCUUAGAAAUGAAGUAAGAAAGUUUAGAAUUAAAGAAGUGGUAGUCGACGACACAGUUGAUAUGUUGUCAGAUGAUUUCUUUGCUAACCUUUAUCCAUCCAGAAUAGUGGUGACAGAUCCAAAAUCCAAGAAGUCAAUAAUUAUAUCAAUGCAAAAGUUCAUACAAUGUCAACAACAAGAACAAGAAGAACAACAAAAUUCUAUUAAACAGUUUCAACUAGAACUACAGUUGUGUUAUUCUGAUGAGAAACUAAGGUAUUUUUCAAGAGUAUUGAAUGGUUAUUCUGUUGAUUUUGAAUCUUGGGUUACUAAUUAUGAACAAUUGAUGAGAGAGAAUUCGGAUAUUUUAUUGAAAACAUAUAAAGGAAUACUAAGCGAUGGUGAGAAAAUUUACUCAUCAAUUGUCUCAUCAGCUGUUAAACAACAAGAUAUUGAUCAAGAAAAGUUUAAAAAGUUCAAAGAUCAAGUAGAAAAUUUGCGGUCUUUUAUUGAUAAUUCAAAUGCUUUCGUUGAAAAAUGUCAGAAUUUAUUGUCUAUAAAGCAUCAACAAAGGAUUAGAAACGGUAAUGAUGUUUUCCGUGAAAAAUUUUAUUCUUAUACUGACUUGUUGAAAUUGGUUGACAGUAUACCGCAAUUAAACUUUAUGUGUUCUGAAAUUGAACAAAUCUUAGAAUUUAAAAACGAAAUUGAGAAUUUUGACAAGGCUAGUAGGUUAUUAUUGUCCAAGAAAAACAAAUCUAUUCAAGAAUUUGAUGACUUAAUCAGUUUGGGAGAAAGUUUUGGUCUUGAUAUUCCAUCAUUAAAUUUCAUCAUUCGAAUCAGAGAUCGGUUGAAAUGGUUGCGAACUUAUUCUUUGAUUGAAAAAGGAGUAGAUCCUUAUGGAGACAAGAAUGAAGUGUUUUCAAUCGUGGAUUUGCGCAAAUUUUUGGACCAGGGGAUUUCUGUAUUAUCCACAGACGAUUUGCCAAUGAUUAAAGAAGUGGAAGCCAUAUUAAAUGCAAGUAAUGCCUUUGACCAUGAGGUAUCAAAAUUUUUAAAAUACAAUUAUGUACAGGAGUUGGACUUGAAUCGAUUAGGUGAUAUUGCAAAAAGAUUUAGUACUGAAAAGUUGUUUAUUUCUAUGAAUAAUUACCUUGAGUUAUCUAAAUUACAUAUUAAUAUUAAGUUGAUUGAGCAAUUCAAAGAAUUGGAGUCAGCUUCGUAUCCUGAACUCAAACAGUUGCAUAAUUCUGUGUUGGAAAGCGGUUUAAAGUUUGAAAGUGAAGUCUUAUCUAAAAAGUUGGCAUCAGUUGAAUCAUGGAUUGACUCGAGUUGGAAUAAACUCUGUACAACUAAAGUUAUUACUACACUAAAUAAAAGAAUUGAUGUUGAUCACUUAAACUCAAAAUUGACUAUCAAUGCAAAACUAGUGGAAAAAUUGUUGCAUUUGCUUUAUAAAUCUGAGUUUAGUUUAUCCGAGGACGACAAAUAUGAAGAAUCUUCUUCGUACUUGGCAAUUAAACUGGAUCAGGCUGAUGCUUUACAGGAAGAUGACGAGAUUACCCCCCAAUAUUAUUGUGUAUGCAGAGAAUAUGAGUAUGGUACCAUGGUUGAAUGUGACAAGUGUAAUGAAUGGUAUCAUGUUCAGUGUGUUAAAGAUGUUUCAAAUCCAGAUGCUGAUAAAUAUAUUUGUCCAACGUGUCUCGUGAUAAGCAUGUCAAGUAAUUACAAUCAAUUUUUGCAAGACCAAAUUACUCUUGGUGAAUUAAAAGAAAUCUAUGCGCACGGUGAAUUAUUAAAUGCUCAGUCAAUUAAUGAAAUGAUUAUUAUGAAGGACUUGAUUGAUGAAUUAACCAAACAUCAUAUAGGGUUACAAGACCAAAUAGCACGAGUCGUUUUACAGAGUGAUAUUACCACUAAACUAGACUGUUUAAGAUUCAUAUUGCGCAAAUUGUAUGGCAACGGUGUGCUAUUAAAUGACAUUUGGGAUCAUGUUUUGAAUUUGAUUAGGGAAUAUGAAAAGAUUCUUGAAGAUGCUAAAAAGUUGAGCAGUGAAAUCAAACCGAUUGAGAAUGUUCCUACCACGGAUAAUGUUGAACAAGUGACUCAAAAGGAUGAACCGGCGUUAUUGUCAAGCAAUAAAGAGCCUACUAGCAAUCAAGAAAAAAGCAAUUCAGAUACAGUUGAAAAAUUAGUUGAGACAAGGGCUGGUACUGCUCUUGAUACUGAGAUACCAGCUGGAGGUCUACAAAUUGCUGAAAAGAAUGUGGCACCUGAAGAAGCGUCUAAUAAUUCGGAGAAGGCUCAAAUUCUGGCACAACAGUCAGUUGCCCCACAAGUUACAAAUAUUACUGUUGACAAAAUCUCUAAUAAAACUGAGGAUAAUAGAGAUGCUGUAAAACAGACUGAACUAGAACAUUCAGAAAACCUUUCGACUUCUCAAACUGAACUGACCCAAGCAAUAACUGUUGAGAAAUAA